AUGGGAAAUCCAGGCAUUCAAUUUGAUGAAUCAUGGCUGGCAAAUGUGAACAUCAAUUUGCCAGCUGUGAAAAGAAGAGCUCAACAAUUGUCUGGAAGAAGAACUGUUAAGAAAGAAUGGCAGUUGGCUUGGUUGUUGAGAGCUGUUACAUGCAUUGACCUGACAACUUUAUCGGGAGAGGACACAACUUCUAAUGUUCAGAGAUUGUGUCACAAAGCCAGCUCUCCUGUUAGGAAAGACCUUUUGAAAGCUAUUGACUGUGAUGAUUUAGGCUUAACAUGUGGAGCAGUGUGUGUUUAUCCCAACAGAGUUGAAGAUAGCAAAAAUUACUUGAAGUCAAUUUCUGCACAAAACAUUCCCAUUGCAUCUGUUGCCACUGGAUUUCCAGCCGGGCAAACACCAUUACACACAAGACUUGAGGAGAUUAAGUUUGCAGUUGAACAUGGUGCCAGUGAGAUUGAUGUUGUUAUCAAUCGUGCACAUGCACUGACUGGGAACUGGAGAGGAGUCUAUGAUGAAGUGAAAGAAAUGAAGGAAGCCUGUGGCAAUGCUCACAUGAAAGUUAUUUUGGCCACCGGUGAUCUUGGCUGUCUGACCAACGUUUACAAAGCCAGCGUAGUUUCCAUGUUGGCUGGAGCUGAUUUCAUAAAGACAUCGACUGGCAAGGAGGGAGUUAACGCUAUUUUGCCUGUUGCUAUUGUUAUGAUCAGAGCAAUCAGAGACUACUAUCAAAAAACAGGAAUAAAGGUCGGCUUCAAACCUGCUGGAGGCAUAAGAAGUGCAAAAGAUGCUCUUGUCUGGUUGUCAUUGAUGAAAGAAGAGUUGGGAGAUGAUUGGACAAAACCAAACUUGUUUAGGAUUGGUGCCAGUGCCUUACUGUUGGAUAUUGAGAGGCAGAUAUUUCAUAAUGUUACUGGCAAGUACGCAGCUCUGCAUGAGCUUGCCAUGGCGUAG